CCCGAUUCAAGGAUGUUGUAGAAGUUGAGUUGAGUUGGAUACACGUUCGGGUAAAGUGGAUGAGCGGGUGAACGAACCGAGACCGAAACACCGACGGAAAGAAUUCUUUUGUAGGUAAGUGAGGGGACGUGGUUGAAAGGGUAUGAAUCAGCGACAGAGGAUCAGGUAAACGAGGAUUUCCGGGCCAAUUUUUCAGUUCAACAUCAACAAAUUUCAGUAUGGGCAGUCUUUCGCAUCAAAAUUUUGUCCCUCCCACAACUCAGAAGGCCAUCGUUGUAAAUGGCAAAGAUGAGGUCGUCAUCUGGGACGAGGCACCAUGUCCCAAGAUCCCAGCGGAUCAAGUCAUGGUUCGCGUUGAGGCAGUUGGCCUCAACCCGAGCGACACCAAGAUGAGGGGAGCCUUUGCGACAAAGUUCGGCAUCCUAGGUGCAGACUUUGCAGGAACCGUGGUCGCUGUGGGAGAUGAUGUUGACAAUAUCACGGUUGGCGAUAGGGUCUUCGGUGCCCAGAACGAGAUGUACGGAACCACGCCUGAGCGUGGUGCAUUUUGCGAGUACGCCGUGACCCGUGGUAAGAUGUGGACAAAGGUUCCAGAAUUUUGGAGCACUGAAGCUGCUGCAUCUCUGCCUGUAGGCGUGAGCACAGCCGGAAUCGCCAUGAAGCUGCUUGGCUUGCCUCUGCCUGGUCGAGGAGCUGCGAAGCCUGCCCAUGUAUUGGUGUAUGGGGCCAGUACAGCAACUGCGACAAUUGCCAUGCAAAUGCUCAAACUUUCCGGUCUCGAUCCGAUCGCUAUCUGUUCUCCGAAGAACUUCGACCUAGCGAGAAGAAACCAGGCUGUAGAGGUUUUCGAUCGAAAUGACAGAGAUUUGGCGGGCAAGAUUAAAACAUACACGAAAGGGAACCUGAAAUAUGCCCUGGACUGCAUCACGACCGUCGAGUCUACAGCCUUUUGUUACGCUGCUAUCGGACGAGGCGGCGGCAAAUACGUGUCUCUUGACCCUUGGCAACAGCACGCUGCGACUCGAAAAGUUGUUACCGCAGAUUUCACAGUUGGUCCUCGAAUCUUUGGCGAAGGAUGCACCUGGCCCGAGCCUUACAAGAGUGAUCCGUCGGAAGAACUGCGUGUCUUUGGAGUCUCUGUUUGGGAAACUGUAGAGAAGUUGAUCAACGAAGGAAACUUGCAACAUCAUCCGCUUCGUGUUUUAGAUGGUGGAUUCGAGGCAAUUCUGGCGGGGAUGGAAAUGGUCCGAAACAAGGUACUCUCUGGAGAGAAAGUAGUUGUACGCAUGAAUGCUUGAUUUGAUAUGUAGACAACCAAAGUAAGGAGACAUGCUUAUUGGAGGGAGCGGAAAUCCUGCCAACCUCUCUCAAGCAAAUCAGCAAUCAUAGACUGAGGGUACUCUAGCCGACUGUUCAAGGUCCGCGGACCAAAGUUAUCAAGCCGAGCAAGCAUGAUGCGAUAAGACCCGGGAAGAAAGUCAUACAGUGCUCUCUUCCUCAAAUCUAC